UGCAGCUUUGACAGCAGCUCCGUUUUCACCUCUUUGCUUUCUUUAUUCCACCCUGCCUCGCUCUUUCUUUCUCUAUUUAAUAACUUACGCCUAAUAGCCCGCCGUAUGUGUGUAUUUAUUUAUUUAUGCAUCUUACUUGAAAGUGUUUAGGUUUUACAUUUUAGUCGUUCCUCAAAUGAGAAGACGUAAAAGAUGGAGCUUCACAUUUUAGAGCACAGCUUGAAAGUGGCGAGUAUAGAGAAAGAGGGCAUCCAGAUUUGCACUCACGGAUUAAUAAAACUCGCUUUCUUGGCCUCCAAAACAAGAUGCAAGUUCUUCAGUUUGACUGAGACCCCGGAGGACUACACCAUAAUCGUCGAUGAGGAAGGCUUUAAAGAGCUGCCCCAGUCAGAGCACAUCAGUGUUGCUGAUGCCACAUGGUUGGCCCUUAAUGUGGUGUCAGGGGGCGGCAACGCCUCUAAUUCGCAGCCCAUCGGAGUCACCAAAAUCGCAAAAUCAGUCAUUGCACCGCUAGCCGACCACAACAUCUCUGUUUUCAUGCUGUCGACGUAUCAGACGGACUUCAUUCUGGUUCGAGAGCGAGACUUGCCGAUGGUCAUGCACACGCUGUCUUCCGAAUUCACUUUGUUUCGGGUGGUCAACGGAGAGACUGUUGCUGUUCACGAUCUGGGAGUCACCAAUGGUUUUGUAAAGCCGAAACUUGUGCCCCGUCCCAUCAUUCACCCCUUAUCUAGUCCCAGCAACAUGUUCUGUGUGACCAGCCUGGACCCAGACACUCUGCCCUCUGUAGCCACCCUGCUCAUGGAUGUCAUGUUUUACUCUGGAGGGCCAAAGGAGCCUGGGGCAUCCAGCGAGGACUCCAGCCAUAUCCGCUUCUUCUCCUUCUCCCUGAUCGAGGGCUACAUCUCCCUGGUCAUGGACGAACAGACAACUCAAAGGUUUCCAAACAACGUCCUCUUCACCAGUGCUUCUGGUGAGCUUUGGAAAAUGGUUCGCAUUGGGGGACAACCUUUAGGAUUUGAUGAGUGCGGCAUUGUGGCUCAAAUAUCAGAACCCCUGGCAACGGCUGACAUUCCAGCUUACUACAUUAGUACCUUCAAGUUUGACCACGCCCUGGUUCCUGAAGAAAACAUCCAAAGUGUGAUCGGAGCUCUGCGGACCAAGAGCACGGCACAGUGAAGGAAGCCAUUGGAAAGCGAUGAAAAUGACCGUUCUCAAAGUCAUUUCGUUCAAACGUUUAUCAUGUCCAAAAAGUGCCAAGAGCUUAUUAGCAAAGUUCUGUGGAUCGGCUCUAAAAGAAAGGGAUCUAAACAGAAAGCGUGGGCGACGUCCGAGGGGAGUGUGACAGUGUGUUAGGAAUGCCUUUGUUACUCGGUCAUUUUCUUUAACCCCACCCACCCUCCCUCCUUCCUUGACACUUGAGGCCCUCCACUGCCUGCUCUGGUAGUUGUUGCUUUAGUUUACCAGACUGAAUAUGUUUCUUUCCCUCUCUAAAGCUGCUUAUUCCCACUCCCUGACCCUCAUGAGCACCAUACUGUAUUAGUUACAUAAUUCCUUUCAUGGAAGGAUGACGAAUGUACUCUAAAAAAAGUGAUAUAGCUCUCCGUAUUCUGUUUAUUUUGUUUAACAUAAGGUCAUUUCACAGUGCCAAGAUGUUUGAAUGCCUAAACCAAUGCCUUUCUCAAAAUACUAUUCAUGUGUGCAAUUGAAGGAGACAAUUUUCAAGACAGCCAGCACUGACAGAGCGCCUGGUUAAACAAUACGGUGUGUUUUUUGCUUUUAGUACCUGUUGUACAUGUUUUAAUUGCAGCAACGAUCUGAAUUUUGGAGUCCCUCAGACUUAGAAGUUUCUGGUGAAAGAGAAUCCAACAUUUUGAUGAGGAAAGACUCUUUUAAGGUAUUAAAAAGUAAUAUGCAUUAACACUGUGAGCAACAUGGUUGGUGGGAAUUAGUUUUAAAGAAACAAAUGUUUUCGUAUUGAUUCUUCUGCUGGCAAGCUCGGUGACUUCAGAGUCAGAUUAGUUAAUCCAUUACAUGAUCCAGAGAAAGUUCAUUAGUGACAAUUUUGAUAUUUGAUUAAUUUCAAUCAUUUUUCAAGUAAAAAACUAAAAUAUUCACGAUAGGGCUUCUCUAAUGGAAAAUGUGCUUGCUUUUCUAUGUUUUAUACUAUAAGUUUAAUUCCUUUGGGUUUAUGAGAUAUUAAGCUAUUUUUGUACAGACAUUUAAAGUAGAGUAUGAAGCCUAUUGACUUUAGUGAUCUCCUGACGUUUCAUCUAGUGUCACCAGCAGAUCAACGUUUUCACUGAAAAAUCUGUGGUUCGAUUGUCACAACAUUUGGUACAAUAAUAUUAAAAUUAUAAUAUUAUGAAAAAAUAAAAAUGGGAAAAAGUAAGUAAAAUAAUAACUAUACAAUUCAUAUCAUUAUAAUGCAGUCCCAUCAGUAGGUGCAACGCCAGUGAUGUUUAUUAAAAGGGUCUAUAAACUGUUACUUCAUUCACACCUGGACAUCAUAUCUGGAAGUCCAAAAUGUUUCCUCUUGCAGUAUCUUUAAUCUGGAAACAACAGAAAAUCAACAUUUUGUGGUUUUAUUGGGAAUUACAUGCUCUAAGCAGUCCUUCACAAACACUUACCGGGAGCAGAGUCCUCCCGUACAGAUAAACUGUUAUCAAGAAGUAUUAACACACAAAUGCUUUGAUUUUAAUGGUUGAUAACUGAAAACUUAAGCCACAAUCCAACUCUUGUCUGAUGACUUGAUGAUCACGUUGCUCACAGUGUGAAUCAUGAUGAUAAAAUGCAAUGAUGAAAAUGUCUACAGUAGUAAUAAAUUACUGAGCCACUUUGACAAUGAACUAGAAUAAUGACUGAGUGCAAGCUUGCUAAACAUAAGCUAAGGUUCACACAGGGAAGGUGCGUCUUCCUCCUAGCCCUGUUGUCCAUUUAGGUCUUCAAGCUGCUCCUCCCCUGCCCCAGUCUGCACUUUAAUGCAGGUUCCACCCCCACAAGCCUGCUGUACUGAUGUGAAAACGGGGAGGGCUAUUUACUUUAGAAAGAUCCUGUCCAGAUCGGGAUACUUCUGUUGGUCUUAAACAUUUGGUGUUUUCUUUCUUCUUUUUUUAUCCACAACACUUUGCACCUAACAACCUUUCUUCUGAUCAGAUGUGAUUAGUGGAAACCUUUUUGUUUAUCAGUGUUAAAACACAAGGAAGGUGACAUUUCUUUUGAUUCCAUUUCAAAGAAAAAAUUGAAAGCUUUUCAUUUGGAGCUUCUUGUGUGGAAAAAAAAUAAACAAGCUUUUUUUGGAGCUUGUUGCAUGUUCA